AUGUCGAUGACCUUGAGGACCAGACGUGUCGGUGGAGGGGACGAGAAUCAGGCUCCGAAUAAGGGCUACAAACCACCGAUUCUGGGUCCCAAACCCAUCCUGAAACCUGCACCUGGUAGCCAUGGCAGUAACAGUAACCGUGGCAGCCAGCCAACAACAACAACAACCCCCCUGAGACGUCAUCCCCUCACGCCGAGGGGACCCCCUCCAGCGAACCUCCCGUUCAGCCCCCAUGCCUGUCCUACGCUGACACCCAGGGGACCCCCUUCAGCUGACCCCCUGCGCACCCCAAACCCCCCUGCUCCCCCCACCCCCCUGGGGAUGACCCCCCGGGUGCUGGAGGACAUCAAGAGGAGACUGGAGGAGCGACGGCUGCAGGCGCUGGACACGCAGGAGAAAGUCAGCCCUGUGUUACAGAGACUCAGGGAUACUCCAGCCCUGAAGACGAAGCAGCGCCUGCUUGAACAGAAGCACCACGCCGCCAAGUCGAACGCUGCAAGCCUGUGUGUCGGGGGCGGCGUGUCGCUCUGGCCGCAGAUGGACAACAUGCGGCUGACACGACGGGAAACGGUCGCGCUGACGGGGUGGUGUGUCGGACUCGUCCUGACGGUGCAGGCGCUCUUCAGCUACCUGCACGGUCAUGUAAUCCGAAAGCUUCACAUCUUCACUGGUUACCAACGCCGUUUCCAUGGCGACCACAAGCUGGAGGUUGCCGGAGGUCAAGAGCAGUUCAACCAGUCUGUCCUCAGGUGGCACACAGACUAUAGGAACCUCAUGGAUGCCAUAGAGCAGGACUUCCAUGUGUCUGUGGGAGGAGCCCCUGUGCUGUUCCAGCUAUCCCUGCUGCUGUACCUGCUGUCCAUCUGCACCCUGCUGUACUACCUGGGGGACAACAUGCUGUCCAAGAGCAAGCUGACGCCCAGGAGGAUCAAGCUGUGGGUGUCCCUGCUAGUAGUGACCGGAGUGUGGACGUUGCUUGGCCUGAAACUGCUGACCACUGCCCAGCACCUGGAGACUGCUGUGGAGACAACUGUGUACCAACUUAGCGAGGAACUGGGUGACCUGGUGCUCCUUGAUCAUGACUUGAGUAGGUACCACAGUGUCUUAAGGUACUGGCAGUACCGCUGCACCCCGCCCACCUCACCUGGGGUACUCAGCAUCUUAGGGAUCUUACAGGUGCGAGAUGUGAACUACUACCUGCAGUACUACAGCUUACCUGUCAUCACAGCCCUCUGCACACCUGUGGUAAGGCUGGUCCUGGCUCUGAAGCAGGUGUACAGUCCAGCAUGAACUUAUCUCGCCUGUAUCACACCUGUAUCACACCUGUACU